AAAAUGGCUGCGCCCAUGGAAGAAGUCGGUAAGGCAAAGCUCACAUCAAACAGCACUUCUUCCGAAGAACCUGUCACUAAAAAACAGAAGAUAGACAACGGGAAGGGAAAUAACGCAAAUAAGACACUAAACAACUUCCAAGGAUUUCAAGUAUCCCAAAUCAUCUCGGAAGAUGCUAAAAAUAAGACCGUGUUUCUGCACGGGAAGUUUGAAGGCAGCGACGAGUGUGCGGUUGUGCUGUUGGAGAAGACACCAUUUCGAGAGCAAGAACUGGGUGCUCUACUCUCCGUGGAUACGAGUUUGACGCUGAAUCUGCAGAAUGAUAUUUACAGUGUUUAUGUCGGCCAACCUGAUCAAAAGUCAUGCACAAAUGAAAUAAAAACCACUGUGAUAUACCCAGCGACCGAUCGUCAUAUAGCCAAGUAUACAAAGCAGGAGAUUACUCUAGUUGAAGAAACAUGGGAAGACUACCGCAGAAUUACUUUACCAUUCCUUGAGGAACAGACCUUCAAAAUACAGUGGGUUUACAACAUUCUUGAGAAGACAGCCGAGGAGGUGAAGCGUAUCGUUUGCGAGGAUCCAGAUCCACACGAUGGUUUCGUCUUACUCCCUGACAUGAAGUGGGAUCGGAAGCAAAUGGAAAAUCUCUACUUGGUCGCUAUCUGUCAUCGGAGGGGCAUUAAGAGCCUGAGAGACCUCAACCAAUCACAUCUACCACUGCUGAGGAAUAUACGAGACAAGUGCCAGCAAGCCAUCAUGGACAAUUACUCCAUCCCCGCCGAUCAGCUCAGGGUAUAUUUUCACUACCAGCCAUCCUACUACCAUCUCCAUGUACACUUCACUCAUCUGAAGUUUGAUGCCAUGGGUUCCAAUGUCACCAAGGCACAUCUCUUGUCGGACGUCAUCGAGAACAUCGAGCUGAUGUCAGAUUAUUAUCAGAAGAAGACGCUGAGUUUUAUUCUCAGGGAGAAGGACGGACUUCUGGCUCGAUUUAAAGAAAAAAACGGAGAGCAAAUCGCUUCAGACUCAAACUAGAGAUUGGGGGGUCAAAUAUUUUUGUUACAAACCUUUUCUUAAAUCGUUGCAGUACAUGCUGCUAAAAUAUGGGGUUCAAACUGCCUCUAGCCACCGGGCAAUCUCUGUGGUCUAGUUGGUUAAACACUGCUCUAGAAUU